CUGCAGUCCCAGAGCUGAGAAUAAUGCAGAUAACACUGAAGCAGCCUUGUAGCUAGAGAGGUCUCAAAUUAUAGCUUUAAAGGUAAACCAAGCCCAAAGGGAAGAGAGAAUUGCUGGUUUACACUCUAACACUGAUCACUAAGGGAUUGCUCUUUACACUAUGAAUAGGCAGGGAUUAUUAUCUCACUGGACGACAUAAACUUCUAAAAGAAAUAACAUGAUAUUGAGCUACAUGUAUGGUGCUUUGAUCAUGGACCUUUCAGUGUGAAAAAAAUGUUAAAAUAAGGAAACUAAAGGAAUGAAUACAGAGAAAACGUCUAAAUAGUGAUGGCACACGGGCAGAUACUGUUUGGAUCUCAUAGCAAAUCUUUGCAUCAGGGAUGUCAGAAUUGUCAGGAGGUCAAGAACUAUUAGCACUUGGAAUGGUAUGGUCCUAUGGCGAAGUCUCAAGCAAGUGUUGGGAAAUCUGUUCUAACAAAGACACUCAAAACUAGUUGAGAAUAAUUCACUGAAAUUUAUAUAUGAAAAUGCAUUGGUGCAAACAGAGGAUGACAGUUCUUACUGGGUCAACUGAGCUUCUGCUUUUCAUAUGUGGUCUGUGUGUCUGCACUGAUAUUGGCAAGGAGGAGGCAAUGGACACUGCGCAGGCAUUUUUGAAAAAUUAUGGAUAUCUUGAAGAUGCGGCAGUGCAUCAAAGUCAUGUGAAAUUCAAAGACGCCAUCAGGGAAUUUCAGUGGCUUAGUCACCUGCCUAUCACUGGCAAUCUGGAUGCUACCACAGUACAACAGAUGAAAGUACCACGAUGUGGCAUGAAAGAUACAGAAGGUCAAACAGGAUCUAUUCAAGUUCAAAGGCGCAGGAAACGCUAUGCAGCUAAAAGUAAAAAAUGGUAUAAACGUCAUCUAACAUAUCAAGUUGUCAACUGGCCUUGGUACCUAUCACAGUUUCAAGUGAAGCAGGCAGUAAAAGCUGCAUUUCAGAUGUGGGGUAAUGUCUCAUCACUUACAUUCUCAGAGGAUACAGAUGGGCCAGCAGAUAUUCGCCUAGCAUUUUUUGAUGGAGACCACAAUGAUGGAGCCAGAAAUGCUUUUGAUGGACCAGGGGGAGCUUUGGCUCAUGCCUUUUUCCCAAGACGAGGAGAAGCUCAUUUUGACAACGCUGAACAUUGGUCCUUGAAUGGAAGAGGUAGAAACCUUUUUAUAGUCCUGGCUCAUGAAAUUGGACAUACUCUUGGGCUCCAGCACUCACCCUCCAAGAAUGCCCUCAUGUCUCCCUAUUACAAAAAACUGGGCAAAGCUUAUGUACUGAACUUUGAUGACAUCUUGGAAAUCCAAAAUUUGUAUGGGGCUCCUCCUAGUGGAAAUCUAGUGCAGCUUCCAGGAACAGAAUUUGCUGUUUUCCAGGACUGGAGUCCAGAAAGUAUGGGAAGUGCAGACACCAGGAACAAAAAGCCUUACUAUUGCCAGUCUAUCUUUGAUGCUGUCACAUGGGACACAAACAACAUACUGCACAUCUUCAAAGGUUGCUACUUCUGGAUGGUCUCUCAGGAUGGUAUUGUCACUGGGCCUCUACUUCUAAAGCAAAGAUGGAAGAAGCUGCCAAACUUUAUUGAAGCUGCAGUAGUGCCAGGUUCUGAUGGAAAAUUCUACUUCUUUAAAGGUGGUCGAUGCUGGAGGUACAAAGGGCCUAAACUGGAUAAAGGGUUUCCAAAGAAGUGCAGUGUAGAUGGUCUUCCUCGUCACCCAGAUACAGCUCUAUAUUUCCAACCACUAGGACACCUAGUUCUUUUCAAAGGGAACAAAUACUAUGCAGUUAAUGAAGAAUAUUUGACAGUAGAGCCUUACUAUCCACGCAGCCUAAAGGACUGGAAAGGAAUCCCACCAAACACCAAUGGAGUUUUAACUCAUCCAAAUGGUUCUAUCUACUUUUUUAAAGGCGACCAAUACUGGAGGUUUAACCCAGACAAAUUAAAAGUCACUGCUGUUGGGAAAUGGGCAGAAGACCUCUCUUGGAUUGGUUGUAAAAAGUCUUAAUUUUUUUUAGUCCCUUUUAUUGUUUUAAAAACAUAAACAUGUUCAUUGCAUUUUUUACCAUUCAUGAUUAAACAUUUCAUGGGGAUUUUGUUUAAUGUUCCUUUAAAAGGAAAGAAAAGUUAAAAGAAAAAAAAUGCUGUACUUUGCUAUUGCAGGCACCAUCUAUCAGCAGGUUCUCUAGCUUAAAAAUGCAAAACAAUAUUACACCUGGUGCUGUACACACAAAAGGAUACCGGCAAAUCAGCCAAUUAGCAACUGUUUUGUGUGGGAUUUCAAUAAAAAUUGUAGUUAAUUGUU